GUUAUUGUUUACUAGCUUAUGAUAUUAAAAAUUUGCCAGAUUGAAAACCGAUUCUUUAUAACAUUAUGUUAUUAAUAUACAGUUUAAUAAUGCUAAAGUAGUAUAAACAUACAAUUUUAUAUGAAAAUGAUUGGUCGGUUAAAACUACCGUUUAAUCGAAGUUGGGUAACAUGUCCACUCGCUAUGAAUACGCUUUUAUCCCAAAUAGAAUGUGGUGGUGGGGCCGAAAAGUGCUCAGAGAUAACCACACAAUUGAAGGAUGUUAAGGGAUUAAAUUUUCACAGCAGAAUUUUUGUGUCCCCUGACUCUGCAUUAGUGUCAAAAAAUGAAUGUACUAUUGUUGAUUUUAGUCAAUGUAACGGGCAGACGAUUAUUUCUGAUUGGCUAAACAAAUACGGCUUUAAAAACACCAAGAUGUGCAAAUAUCUUCCGGAAAUGACGGAUUAUGCACUAGUUAAUAUUGCUGAGUUACAGAUGCCGUGGUUUAAAUCAAAAGGGUCUAAUCCAGUUAUGACAGUAUAUAAUAGUUAUAGCUAUACGGAAGAUAUAAAAUAUGAGGCUAGGACAUUUUAA